GGGGAGCGUGCGCGCUCCAUCGACGGCAGUGUUACCCUGAGGACAGAGUACACUGCAAAAUCAAAGGCUAGCAGGAACAGCCUGAUAGAGGCCCAUUUCCAGACAGACGUGGAUGAUGCCAGAGCUAUGACAGGGGCUGCAACCUUGGCACUGAAGGGUGGUGAUCAGUUAUGGAACAGCCAAAGGAGGAAAUACCUGAGGUCAGGGAAGAGGAGGAGGAAGAGGAAGAGGUUCUGACAGCAGUAAGUGGAGCCACAGACCCAAAUGGUGGACCAGAUUCAGCACCUUCUAUUAGCUACACAGAUCUUUCUCAGAGUUCUUCUCCGUCUCUGUCAGACCAACUCCAGAUGGGCUGUGAUGAAGCAACGUCAGGAAGUCUAAACGUGGAGUGCAGGGUCUGUGGUGACAAAGCAUCAGGGUUUCACUACGGAGUGCAUGCAUGCGAGGGUUGCAAGGGCUUCUUUCGUCGAACAAUCCGCAUGAAGCUGGAGUAUGAGAAAUGUGAACGAAGCUGCAAGAUUCAGAAGAAGAACCGGAACAAGUGCCAGUACUGCCGCUUUCAGAAAUGCCUUUCGCUGGGCAUGUCGCAUAAUGCCAUUCGUUUUGGCCGCAUGCCAGAAGCUGAGAAAAGGAAGCUGGUGGCAGGACUGACAGCAAAUGAAAUCAGUUGCCAGAACCAGCAGGUGGCUGACCUGAAACUCUUUUCGAAGCACAUCUACAAUGCCUACCUUAAAAAUUUCAACAUGACCAAAAAGAAAGCACGAGGUAUCCUGACUGGGAAAGCCAGCAGCACACCGCCAUUUGUGAUUCAUGACAUGGAUACCUUGUGGCAAGCAGAAAAGGGUCUGGUGUGGAAACAGCUGGUAAAUGGAAUACCACCGUACAAGGAGAUUGGUGUCCAUGUGUUCUACCGCUGCCAGUGUACAACAGUUGAAACUGUGCGGGAGCUCACAGAAUUUGCCAAGAGCAUCCCUGGCUUCAUCAGCCUUUAUCUUAAUGACCAAGUGACUCUGCUGAAAUAUGGAGUGCAUGAGGCCAUCUUUGCCAUGCUUGCCUCCAUCAUGAACAAGGAUGGACUCCUGGUGGCCAAUGGGAAUGGCUUUGUGACACGUGAGUUCCUUCGCAGCUUGCGCAAACCCUUCAAUGAAAUAAUGGAACCCAAAUUUGAGUUUGCUGUGAAGUUCAAUGCCCUGGAAUUGGAUGAUAGUGACCUCUCUCUGUUUGUAGCAGCUAUUAUCCUGUGUGGAGACCGUCCUGGCUUGAUGAACGUUAAGCAAGUAGAGGAGAUUCAAGACAAUAUCCUUCAGGCCCUUGAGUUCCACCUGCAGGCCAAUCACCCAGACACUCAAUACCUCUUCCCUAAGCUGCUGCAGAAGAUGGCUGACUUGCGGCAGCUGGUGACUGAGCAUGCACAGCUGGUGCAGAAGAUCAAAAAGACAGAAACAGAGACUUCCCUGCAUCCUCUCUUGCAGGAAAUCUAUAAAGACAUGUACUGAGGAGCCUAUAUUUAUGAAAGGUUAAAGCCAUGGAGUCCAGCAAAAUGCUUUUGUACAUUGGCCAACAAAUCCCCUGUGUCUUCCGUUUCUUCUACUGGAAAUGCUUUUUUAUGAUUGCUGCAAAUACUGUACAUAGGGGUGUAUGGCAUCAGAUUUGGUAUCUACUACAUCAUGGUAGGUCAGGGCUUCCGUUAAUGUACACUAAGUGAAACUUAAGGCACAUCAUAAGCUAAAUAUAUGUUGCAACAGCUUGGCUGUUACAUUGUCCUGGAGCAGCUACUGUGUUUACACACACCUUGCAAAUAUGCUUGAACUGUGGGUUGGAUUGUUCUUGUGGACGACGUGGAUUAUGUCCAGGCAACUGCCUGGCAGGUACAUCAACAGAACUUGCAUCAGAUAUCAGCUGUAUAUUUUUGUAUUGCACUCUGAACUGUUAUUUGGCCAUAAGCCACAAAUUCUAGGAUGUGCAAAGAAAGGGUGCAAGUGUGCUUGUUUGUAUACAAAUUUUCCCAAAGAAACUUCCAAGUGUUUAAAGGUACGAACACUCCUUUUGAGGACAGCUUUGAAGGGGGAGGCAUUUGCUCAUCUCCUUCAGUGCACAAAAGCAGAUGUGCUUUCUUCAUGGAAGGCCAUACCUCAUGUCUUCCACACUGCAAACACUUUUUCUUCUUUUAGGUUUUUACAAUGGCAUUUUGUUGAAGCUCUUCAUGGGCAUCAGUGAUCCUUGAUCCAUUUAAAUUUACUCAAAAAGGACCCCCCCCCCGUUCCUUAUACUAUACUCCGAAGUUUAUCAGAUAAUGGAACUGGGCUUGAAAUAAAAUGGGGAGGGGAUUUUGCUCUCUGAUGGUAGCUGAUAAAAGUCCAUUUGCUUCACUAAUCUGAGCCAAAGUAGAUUUAACACUCCCAGCAGCCUGGAAAUAAGAAUCCUUGAAAGCACUUGAGUGUCUUUCCAUCCCCUCCCCCACCCUGAAACAGGGAUUAUAAUGUGGAUUCCACUCCUAAGAGGGGCAGCAGACUGGCCACUUUGAAAUCAAAGUGACAAAAGGAUGUUGGAGAAGACCGUGGUGUGUUUUUCUGUUUUGAUGCUCCCUCCUGAUACUCUCCAAGCUGUUCCUGAAAAAGAAUUCUUGAUCAUGUGAAUUGCAGCUGUGCCUUUCCCAUACUGCAUCAUGUGCUGGCUUCACCCAUUUCUGACUUCCAGUGCUGACAACAACCAUCGCAUAAGCAAACAGCAUUUCAGUAUCUCCCACUCAACAUUUCCUCCCAAAAUUGCCUUGAAUGUUAUUAUUUCCCAAAGUCCAAGAGCAAAUGACAGUAUAUUUUUAUUCUCUCUUACUUUUCCAGGUUGGUCCUGCUUCAGUCUUUGGAAUCUCACUCUGAUACCUUUUACCAUUGUUAAGACUUAUGCUCAAAAUGAAUUUAUUUGCCAUGGGCGGGGGGUGGGGGGAGGAGGUAACACCCAUUUUCCCUGUGUACCACAGUCUCGAUCUGAAUUUGGGUCCCCAAGCACCUGGGCAUUGAGUUUACAGGGCAGAACUCCAGACACACAUUUGAUCCCAAGUCUUCUUGGUGACCAUGUGUCCGUCACAUGGACUUUUUAAUGAGUGACUUGGACCAUCUGUGGCCUGCUUGGUUUCUUCCAUGUGUGACCUGUAGUCUGUUCCCAGAAUUAAUACCACCAUAUUAGACAGCAUGGUGCUGGAAAAUAGUUCAAGAGUAUUAGUUCUGGGGUUUUCGUUCUGAUCUGUGGCCCUAAUCUGGUUUAUUUCAAUACUUUCUCAAAUUGAUUGCACACCAUUGGAGGGGAAGAGAAAUCAGUGUCUAAAAGAACUUUAAAAGAAUAAGCAGAAUGUAAUGACAUCACAUGUACAUAGUGGCAAACUUUGCAGUGUGAAAACAUAAGUUGAACUCAAAUUGUUUCACCACUUCUGACCAAAUCAUGGAGGGUUUUUUGUCUCCCCCUGCUCUGUUUUCCAGACAACAAUUUUAGCAUACAUUUUAUGGUUUAGUGUGGGUGGGGGAAUAAUAGUGAAUUUUCAGCCUAUUAACUGAUGACUUUAGCAGGUAGGAAUGCAUAUUUAAAGCAUGCAUCUUGGAGAUUUGAGUUAUACUCAUCAGUAUCUAGGGCUUGAUCACAAUCUUACAGCAUUUAUGUGCUAUCUCCAGAUUUCUCUUCUGGCCCGUCUCUUGUGACAUAAGAUGACCUUUCAGCAGUGCAGACAAAACUGCAAAGGUGAAACCGAUUUGCACAUCUUCUUGAUGAGGUGAGACAGAAUUAUGCAAGGAAGAUUCCUUACUCCACUCAGUUGCUUUACAUGAUUGCAUAUCCUUGGUUGGUCUCCUUUCAAGCUACUUUUCUUAGCAUCAAACAAAGAAUAGUUUUUUAAUUGUAAGCAAUUUUAAUUGCUUUCUGAUUUGGGUGAAAUGCCUUACACACCAGGAUAAUUUAUGGGUUUGCACUCUUCACAGGACCAGAGUUUAUAAAGUGCUUUUUGCUGGCUGGUGGGCAGGGAGGGGGAAGAGGAGAAAUGAAUAAGUAUGAUUUACCUCCCAAGCUACUUUUGCCCUGUGGUGCAGAGUGGUAAGCUGCAGUACUGUAGUCCAAGCUCUGCUCACGACCUGAGUUAGAUCCCGGCGGAAGCUGGGUUCAGGUAGCCGGCUCAAGGUUGACUCAGCCUUCCAUCCUUCCGAGGUCGGUAAAAUGAGUACCCAGUUUCCUGGGGAAGGCAAUGGCAAACCACCCCGGAAAAAGUCUGCCAAGAAAAUGUUGUGAUGCGACAUCCCCCCAUGGGUCAGUAAUGACUCGGUGCUUGCACAGGGGACAACCUUUACCUUUACCUCCCAAGCAUAUGGCUACUCACUGCCAUAGAAUUGCAGAUGUCCUAACCAGAGGAAAUCAAUGAGUGGUCAGAGUCCCACCUAAGGUAGAGCUUCAGGAUGCCGGUGUGAGAAGGGGACAUUUUUGGAGACCAGAUGAAAAAGUAUAUCUGCCGUGGAUGGGGAAACAGAGAUAAUAAAACUUGUGAGCACACUGGGGUAGAGUGGGGGCACAGUGUGGGGGCUGAGGACAGGAGUGUUUCCUUCUACAUCUCUUGCAUUAUUUUAGUAUCGGAUUCUCCACUGAUAUUUGCCCUGUGUCUUCCACUCCCCAGAGUAAAUGUCUGGGGGGCGGGUAGAGUGAUUGAGAUCAAAACAACACAGCUGUUGCCUCCCCAUACCACAUCAAAUCUGAAUUUCUGUCUACAGUUUUUUUUACAGCAUCAGAUGCCUCAAUGGAUCUCCUGUUAUGUCUAGUUUGACCCUUUAUACAAGAAUUUUUGAUGCAGCAAGAAGUCUGAACCAUUUUAUAUCGUGUCUGUCUCAAACACAAAACAAAGUAGAACAAUGCUUGGAAAUUUUUAACUUUCUCCUGGCAAACUUCAUGUAGUCCCUGAGUUUAUUGUUAGUAGAAAGUAUGGCAAACUAUUUCCCUGCCAGUUCCAUUCUGGAAAGUUCUCAAUGCAAAUCCCAUUCCUUAUUGCUAUUUUCACUACUCCAAGCUCCAUAAAGGACAUGGUAUCCUUUAUAGUCUUUAAACCAUAGGGGAUAGUUCCAUUCAUUCACUACCUAGACACAAUGGCUAAUAGGUGUAAUUGGUUAUGGUGUUGUCUUUUGCUAGUGCAGGGAAAGCAAUCCUUGCAGUCUUCUUCCAGCUCUGCACUGAUGUACUAGCUGGUACUUGACUUUCAUGUGCCUCUGUUUCCAGAUUGGAAUAAUGGGGAUUGUGAUGUUCCACCUCUAUCACAUGGGAAUGAUAAGAAUCAGGCGGAAUGUCUGUUAAUAAACUGCUUUGAAGUCUUCAUGUAGCAGGAACCACAGAUGGGUAUAUAUCAAUGACAAGACUGAUUUUGCAAUUUUUUUAACUUCUGAGUACCUACCCUGGACCUUCACCCUGUGCCCUUGAAAGCUUCUUCACCCGGCACCUGGCUAUCCCUCAAAAGAUGCUGGAUGUAUAUUUCCAGCCCUUGAGAAAUGUGUGCUGGGGGGGGAGGGGGGAUUGUAACCACCUUCAAACCCAAAUGUAUAUUUUUUGCUAGAAAUACAAACUCCCUAGUGUUUUUAAUAAUAUAAAUAGUGACUGACAACUUUAAAUAAAUAUUUAAGAAACAA